AUGACAAGAAGACUCACGUAUGCAGAGAAAGGCAAGGGCAUCUCCCUUUCUCCAACAAAAACCCUCCCAAGGCGUAUCAGGGCUCCAGAUAUGGACACCACGCAAGCCAUCAAGGACAAUGAGCAAACACUCAUAGUAAGGCUGACGAACACAAGGGAACAGAAGGUCUGGAACCUAAUUCCUUUCCUUGAACGACGAUGGGGCCUCAUAGGCACUGUCACCGGCGCAGAUCUGGGCCAACAAUGUGUGCAGUUCAGAUUUACUUGCAGAGAAGACUUAGAAACAGUCAUCCAUAACCGACCAUAUCACUAUGCACGAUGGAUGCUCAUUGUGCAGAGAUGGGAACCGGUAAUCUCAUCUACCUUCCCUUCAUUGAUUCCUUUUUGGAUAAAUGUCAGAGGACUCCCACUACACUACUGGAGUGAAGACAUGAUGUACGGAAUUGGCAAGGAAAUAGGAAAAGUCGAAGCGGUCGAAGUGACUAAGAUCUCAGCUAAAGUCAAAGUCACAGUUGAUGGCCUCCAACCGCUAGUAAAAGACACAAUUGUGGAUUUCUCUUCUGGAGAAGAGAUUCAUGUUUCCCUCGAGUACGACAAAUUGGCAAAUCACUGCAGACUGUGUAACAUGCUCACACACGAGGCGCGAGACUGUCCAACUACAAACCUCCCGACAUACCAUCAGAAGACAGAAAAAGUACAAGGAGACUAUGCACGAAAGCUUAGGGCUGAUAACCAAGCAAACUCAACAAAUCUCCACUACAAACCCCUAAGGACCUCGGGCCAGCGAGUAGAACAACAACCCUUCAGCCAACGGCGUGAUAGACAUGGACGCUCUUUUGGACCACGACUCUCGACUACAGAAGCUGAUAACGCUGAUGGGAACAAGCAGCUGUCCCCUUCUCGCCGGUGGGAUGCAAGGCCUUCGCCACAACUACCACCGGUUACCUCUCCGGCUGAUUCCCAUUCCUACAGAAGAAAUAACUCGAAAAAUGUACUGGCCAGAGAGGAGAUACAUGUUGAAGACCAGGCUCGCCGGAACCCAAGAGAUGAAGCCACUGCCAAUUAUGUUAACAUACCUGACCCGAUCGAAAGUGCUGCAAGACGCCAAAGGGUUCUAGAAGGGGAAAUGGAGAACUUAAUGGCAAGAACAGCUGCAGCUAUGCUAACUCGGGCGCUUCAAAACCAGCACCAGAAUGCGACUAUCGCCGCUGCCACCAAUUUUAACCUUGAGGCUCAAUUAGAGCAGAUUGAUCAAGACCAGACGCAGACGCACACGGAACCGGAACAUAUCAUACCACUGGUGACUCGAAAGAAGAGAGGCAGACCCUCUGGGAAAACCGCUACAGCGGGAAAAAACACUGGCCUAAGUGGAACGGGACCAAAGAAAAGGAAGGUGCUUGCCAUUCAAAACUCCCCAAGAGUUAGAAAAUCGAGUACCUCCAGGACUACUCAAAACAGCAGGAGAACUAUCCCUCAGAACCAGAGCAGAGCAACCCAGGUCCCAAAACCACCGUCACGAAGGGCUACUACAGUAACAACAGACGGAGAGGCUGAAGCACAAAAGACAGAGACAUCGAGAGCAUCUAGUAGCAGAAGAGGCGCCACUUCCCCAAGAAAUGAAGCAAGGACGGCGGAUUUUCACGAUCCGCAAAGCUAUCAUGUUCCACCUCAUAGUCCGGGAGGAGGAGGACUUACUCUACUUUGGAACCCCUCCGUAGAGCUCUCUGUUGUAUCAUCGUGUGACAACUUUAUUGAUACUGAGAUCAUCUAUAAAAAGAAACGGUUUCAUGCGACUUUCACUUAUGGAGCUCCUGAACACCAAAACAGGAGAUUAGUGUUGCAAAAGCUUACUGAUAUUUCGCAGAGUAGAGACGGGCCUUGGUUUUUGACGGGUGACUUCAAUGACAUCGUUGAUAAUAGUGAAAAGGAAGGCGGACCAGUUCGAGCAGAAGGAAGUUUUGUGGAUUUCCGUACAUUCAUGUCAACUUGCGACCUGUUUGAUCUGAGACACUCAGGAAAUCCUUUGUCGUGGAGAGGUGUUAGAUACACUCACACCGUACUAUGCCGCCUUGACAGAGCCCUCUCCAACAGCCUUUGGGCAGAACAAUUCCCAUCAGGAAGGUGCUCGUAUCUUGAAUUCGAGGGGUCUGACCAUCGCCCAUUAAUAUCGUAUUUCGAACCAGAUACAAAACGAAGAAGGGGUCUAUUCAGGUACGAUAGGCGCCUCUGUAAAAAUGAAGAAGUCAGGGAUCUCAUAGCAGUGGCAUGGUCGUCAAACAGAGAAUCUGUGGAACACAAGAUAGCAGCAUGCCGAAGAGCCAUUUCGAAAUGGAAUCGCGAACAUUAUGAAAAUAGCCAGGCAGCGAUCAGUAAGGAGAAGUUACGUUUAGAGAAAGCAAUGUCUGAUCCGACUAGAGCUGAAGAAGAGAUAACAGAGAUCAACAUGGCUUUAAAGAAGGCAUAUAAGGAGGAAGAGGCUUACUGGAGACAGAGGAGCAGGACGCUUUGGUUGGCCCUAGGAGACAGGAACACUGGGUUUUUCCAUGCCACAACCAGGGUCCGAAGAGCCAUCAACAAGUUUUCAGUUAUAGAAAAUGCAGAAGGAGAUGCAGUCUAUGAAGAACCAGAGAUUAUUGAGGUCAUUACAAAGUACUUUGCUAAUCUGUUCUCGACAAAUAACUCAGACCCAUCUAACAUCGUGGAGGAAGCCUUAAGAAAGUCCAUCACCCCAGAAGAUAGGGACGCAUUGACAGGUAUACCCACAGCUAAGGAAAUCAAAGAAGCCCUGUUCUUGAUCCACCCAGAUAAGGCCCCGGGGCCUGAUGGCUUCUCGGCAGGGUUCUUCAGGACAAACUGGUCUACGGUUGGACCCGCCAUCAUAGCUGAAAUUACGGACUUCUUCAGACAUGGAACUCUCCCACAGAACAUCAACCAUACUCACCUGCGCCUAAUACCAAAGAUCACAGCACCAAAGACAGUGGCAGAUUAUAGACCGAUAGCUUUGACUAACGUCUAUUACAAGAUUAUUUCGAAAAUCAUCACGAGAAGGCUGCAACCGGUACUGGACUCCAUCAUCUCCGAAAAUCAAUCUGCUUUUGUGCCAAACAGAGUGAUUACAGACAACAUAAUGAUAACACACGAAACUCUUCAUUUUCUCAAGAGAUCGGGAGCUACAAAACAUUGCUCUAUGGCUGUGAAAACAGAUAUGAGCAAGGCUUAUGAUAGGCUAGAGUGGAAAUUUAUUGAGGCGGUGCUCCGGAGAUUUGGAUUCCAUGAGGUUUUCUGCGGUUGGAUUAUGAGUUGCAUCACGACAGUGACAUACUCUGUCUUAUUCAACGGCGAGGUCCAAGGAAUGAUAUACCCAACUCGAGGCAUCCGGCAGGGAGACCCGCUGUCCCCUUACAUCUUCAUACUUUGUAGCGAGGUUUUAUCGGGUUUAUGCAUGGAGGCGCAGCGAAGAGGUUCACUGGCAGGGGUUCGGGUCGCAAGAGCUAGCCCAAGAAUAAAUCACUUAUUAUUCGCUGAUGACACGAUGUUCUUUGCCAAAACGACCAUCAGUAGUGUCAAUGCACUAAAGGAAGUCCUGAAGAAAUAUGAAGCUGCAUCUGGUCAAAUGAUCAACACAGAGAAAUCUGCGAUCACUUUCUCCAAAAAGGCGCCAGCUGAAGUGAGAGAAAGGGUUAAAGAAUGCCUGGGUAUUGCUAAGGAAGGGGGGGUAGGAAAGUAUCUAGGCUUGCCAGAGCACUUUGGUAGGAGGAAGAGAGAUCUUUUCACCUCGAUUGUGGAUCGUAUACGACAAAAAGCGGCAAGCUGGAGUACUCGUAAGCUCUCGGCCGGAGGAAAACUGACCAUGUUGCAGUCAGUCCUGCUACCAAUUCCCUCUUUCUCUAUGAUGGCUUUUAAACUGCCGAAAGGUCUCACCAAUAGGAUACAAUCAGCCUUCACGAGAUACUGGUGGGAUGAUAACCCGGAGACGCGGAAGAUGUGCUGGAUCGCUUGGUCGCGAGUUGCAAAACCGAAAUCGGAAGGAGGGUUAGGAGUGAGAGACGUUGAGGCUUUCAAUGAUGCCCUACUAGCUAAGCAGGGGUGGCGGAUUUUAAACAAUCCAGACUGUCUACUUGCCAAAGUGAUGACAGGAAAAUAUUGUACCACUUCCUCGUUCCUGGCUGUACCAGCUUCAAGCUCAUGUUCACAUGGAUGGAGAAGCAUCCUAUGCGGAAGAGAUCUCUUACUGCAGAACAUGGGUAAAACUAUAGGAAAUGGAGAGAGUACAAAGAUUUGGGAAGAACCGUGGAUCUCACUGGAUGUACCAACUAGACCGAUUGGCCCGCCGAACCUCUCUUCAAAGGACCUAACAGUUUCACACUUGUUAACUCAACCAACAGGAGCUUGGGACCGAGAUAAAGUGGAUUUGCUGCUUCCCCAUGAAGCUCAUAAAAUCCUUCUCCUUAAACCAAGUAGAACAGGAGGCCAAGAUAAGCAUUGCUGGUUAGCGACUAAAAGUGGUGAAUACUCUACAAAGACAGGUUAUCAUACAGCCCUGAAGCAGUUACAGCCCGAACAGAGUCCACCCCCCCAACCGAUGAUAUGUGACUGGAUGGCAGACAUUUGGUUGCUCCCCAUCCCACCCAAGAUAAAAGUUUUCCUAUGGAAGAUAGUACAGCGUGCGCUACCGUUGGGAGAUACGCUAGCUUCAAGAGGUAUCCCAGCAACGUGCCUCGCUUGCACUCAUUGUGGAGAUCGAGAGACGGCGAACCAUCUGUUCUUGACAUGUCCUUUUGCGAGACAGAUUUGGAACCAAACCCCGAUCCAUAAUGUGAUGAACAUAAUUGAUUCUGCAGAUUUCCAAAGAGCCCUCAAAGACUCAAAGAAGGCCCGAAACCUUCCUCCCAUAGGAAUGAGAAUGGGGUCUCUCUUUCCAUGGAUAUGCUGGAACCUAUGGAUUGCUAGAAACCAUAAGAUAUUUCAGAACAGGUGUUUUGAGGCGAAGGAGGUCCUCUCGAAAGCGAUUGCGGACGCACUGGAAUGGCAAACAGCUCAGGAACAGUCUAUCACUGGUCUGGCCACUGAGCAGAACACAAUUGUCCAAAGGCCUCCUCCCCAAAUGAACCCAGAUAUCAUCACGGUGAACACAGAUGCAGCUUGGAAGGAAUCAGAACAGAAAGCGGGGUUGGCUUGGCUGUUCUCGGAUAACACAGGCAGGAUACUGGCACGGGGAACCUCGCUCGAACUCUACGUCCCCUCCCCCUUAGUGGCAGAGGGCAUGGCGUUAAGAGAAGCCUUACUCCAUGCGCAAGCUCUUGGCUUUAACAAACUAUGCAUCAAAUCAGACGCUCAGAUCAUCAUCAGAGCUAUCAAUAGGAAAGACCCAAUCAAGGAACUUUGCGGAAUCCUACAGGAUAUCCUAAAUUUGUCUUGUUACCUCUCUGUUUCCUCCUUCAUUUUUAUUUCUCGCAAAGACAAUAUGGCCGCUGAUGCUCUUGCUAAGAGAGUAUUAGUUGAAACAAUCUAUGUGUAA